AAGAGACUCAGCAAAAGUAAAGCAGGAUAGCAGCUUCCUCAUUUACAAUUCUAUAACGUGCUUGAAAUUUAAAGAGCAACAUUUGCUAGUGUGGGACUCCUGCAAACUAUGAAGGAGCUUAAAGCAGCAGCACCAGCCAAACAAGACAUUUUAAGAGACUAUGUUGCAUACUAUGGCACGAAGUGGUCGGAAGGAAAACUUCUGAUCUGCAACGAGACAACGAUAAAAGCAAAAGCUAAACACUUCCUGGAGUCUGGUGCCUGUCCUGCUGAGAGAUUUAGCAGGUUUAGCUUCUACAGCAUUGCAGAGAAUUGUUUAAAGAUGAAAAAGCAACAAGGAGGCAAUGUUUUCAAAAACCUCAUCCAAGCUUUCGAGUUCCUGGAGCUGCUCUGCAUCAACCUGUUCCUCUCUCCUUGGAGAAAAGAAAUAAAGUCGCUGAAGACGUUUACAGGUAAUUUUGUCUACUGUGUUCAAUCAGUGCUCCCAGAAAACAUAGUAAAAACAAUACUGGAGAAAAUAGGUUACAUUGCAACAACAGCAACAGAGUAUUCACUUGUCAGAAAGAUAAAUGAGGAGGAAACAAAAGAGACUGCAUUUGAAAUAUUUCUUGCAAGAAUCGAGUGUGAAACCAUCCUUGAAAUGAUAAACGAAGUACAACACAGUGAUUUGGGGGAUAUCCUACAGAAGAGAGCACAAAAGCAUUGGUAUCAUGAAGAGAACAAGGACAGAGAGAGUCAACCCUUCCAGAGAGAGGACCCUGAAAAUCUGGAAAACAAAGAAAAUAAUGAGAUUUCUUCAUGCCUUGGUGCUCAACAGAAGUCCUCAACAAAGAGUGAGAAAUCCUUUGAAACUGCUGGAAAUAGUAAGAUCAAAGAUGAAUCCCAUUUUAAACCUCCUGCUGAUGUGCCUCAGUUAGCAUCUACUCAAUCCACUAGCAGGCUUCAAGUACACCAGAGGCAAGUGAGCGAGUCAGCACACUCUCAUGGCAAAUGCUCAGAUAGCGAAGACUUCUUGAACAAAUACAGUGACAUCGUCAUAGGACAAAAGCCUAUCUUCAGUGAGACUUCUUCUCAGAAAGUGUUUGAAGAGAAGCUAAGAGGCGAUCAGAGUGAAGAAUGUGUUUUGGUGAUCUCAACACCGUUGACAGCAAACGAAGCUGGCCCCAAACAACUCUCACCAGGUGCAAGUGGCCCACAAGCCUUUGCAAUAUUUACUGACGCUAUUCCUGAAAGCAGAAAUGCCCUUGAUAAAUACAGAGCCCAAGAGGUCCCUGAAGAAACCAUCGAAGCAAAAAUCAGUGAUGCCAUGAAUUGCAUAGGCACCUCCACAAAUCCUGCAGAUCAACCCCAGGAGUUGAAGCCCCUGUCUCAUGGCAAUACAGGUGUUACAGAAUGUAAUUUAACCAGAGAAGACAAAGUUUGUGAAAUGUCUUUAUCUUUUAGCAAACUAAAAAUCCAGGAAGCCAGUGAUGAAGAGCUUAUGUAUCCAGUAGAGGAAACUGCACAACCUGAGUGUAUAACGAAUGUAAAUACAAGUGAUAAAGACAUCAGAGAAUGGAAUCACUCCAAGAUGAAAUAUAUAUAUCCAGCUAGGAUUCAGACAACAAAUAAAGCACCUUUCAGUGUUGGUCAGUCUUCCUCAAACCUACUUGGUAAUGCCACUGGGGGCCCCGAGUGUCCUACCACUGGCUCGGAUAACAAGAGACUAUUAACGGAUACGCCUGGUACACAUGCAACUUCAGAGGGUUUCAGACACAUCAGAGAGCCACCUAAUCUCACUUACAUCCCUCCCAGAAGUAUUUAUGUUCCACCUUCAGGCCCUAGCGCCACCACUGUGAAUUGUAGGAAGAGUCACUUACAGCCUGAAGGAGGCUCGCUUGAGUCCUCUUCAUCUACAGAAGUGAAUGAAACUAACCAAGAGGACUAUGUAAUUAUCAGCAAGGAUGGUGAAUAAGGAAUGCCAGGCCCAUAUGAUUCUGAAAAUGCCCUUCACCGUUGGUCUACAACAUACAUGUAUUUCCAGGCUGGUCUUGGUCCACUCUUGAGCAAAGAUUCGUCAUACCAAAGCACGUGCUGCUUUUGGGUAGUGAAGAAAGGGUCCAUUAGUCUGCUCUAACUAUUUGUCUUCAGUGAUCACACUGAUACUCAGGUGCUCAGACCUGAAUGGUCACCUGUCUUUAGUUUGUGUGUAUUAAAAAUGAGGAUAAAUUCACAAAUGUAUUUGAUAUGAUGUAUAAGUUAGACACCAGGGCCUGCUGUAUUUGGCUUCUGACAGGUUUUUCAAAUACAUAUACUGCCACUUUUUCUCUCUCUCUAACAAGUUAUUCUUGCAGCAAGGCAGCAAAUUUACCUCAAAGAAUGAAAUAAAGUCUAAAACGUUGUGCAAUGGGAAAAAUAGAUAAAUGAUUCCAAAUGAAGGUUCACUGUUUAUAGCCUCUCCCAUGCCUCAUUAAAGUUAAAUUUGAAGCUCAUCUCCAGUUGCUCAUAACAUUUCAGUGAAGUUAACUUUUGAGCUAGUAUUCUUUUUGCUUGUUCUCAGUCCUAAGAUUGAUUUAGAAAGUUUGGUAAAAUUCUGUUUGGACGUUCGGAAAA